AGAAUUUAGUUGGUGAAUUCCGGUUCUGACGUGAGUUCUACAACAGAAAGAAAAGAAGCAAAAUAGACUAGAGUUAAAUUUCUCAUAGAUCGUUAUCACUUUACAUGAUGCCUUCAACUGCCCAUUUGCAACAAGUCCUCAAAUGCCUUGUUAGAAAGUAUCUUCGUCGAAACUCAGAUGCUGGCCUCCUAUAUUUACAAAAAGCAGCAUAUGUUACUAGCAGUUCUUCUUCACUGACAUCUGCAUUUAACUCGAAACCUAGAAAACUGAACCUAAGUUUUUCACUAGCAACAGAAAACACGGGGCUUUUUGAUAUCCCACAACUAAGGAGUCCAGAGGGUGUUUACCUUUUGAAAGAAAACAGACUUAAUCAAGUAGAAGAUCUGGUGGCAGAAUGUUGUGACCCCAAUAGAAAGAGACGGAUGGUGGAGAUCUUUGAUGAUCUGUCAAAUGCCUUGUGUCUUGUUGCAGACCUUGCAGAAUUUUUAAGAAUUGCUUCACCAAACCAGCAGUUUUCAAGUGCAUCUGAAAAUGCCUGUAUUGCCAUUUCAAACCUGGUUGAACAGCUCAACACUAACAGAAACCUUUAUGAAAUACUAAAGAGAUCUGUUGAAAGUGGUGAUUGUUUACCCACCUCAGCUAUGGACACACAUGUUGCCAAGCUGUUUAUUUUUGACUUUGAGCAGAGUGGUAUUCAUUUGCCAGAAGCACAAAGACAGCAGGUUGUCAACCUUAAUGAAUACAUUCUACAUCUUGGUCAGAGAUUUAGCAUGAAUGCCCAUGAACCAAGACAAGUAAACAAGGAAGAUCUUCCAUCACAUAUUCGACACCAGUUCGCACUUGAAGGAGAAAAUAUAACCAUAAAUGGACUUUAUACAGACGCAGCAAAUGAAAUUGCUCGUGAAGCUGCCUAUAAGAUCUACCUCUACCCAUCUGAGGAGCAAGAGGCCACACUUGAUAAACUUCUCCGGGCGAGGCACCAUUUGGCGCAGUUGUGUGGUUUCCCUUCGUAUCCUCACAGAGCACUGAAAGGAAGCCUGGCAGAAACCCCUGAAAUGGUGCUAGGCUUUCUUGAUUCGCUAUCUGCAGAACUUAAACCACGAGCUGCAAGGGACUACAACACCAUGAGAGACUUAAAAAAGAAAACAAACUAUAAUAACAAAGAAUUGGCGGUGUGGGAUACGCCUUAUUUCACCGGAAUGGCCCGCCGUCAGAUGACUGGUCAUGCUGACGAUCUCACGCCAUAUUUCUCUCUCGGAGCUUGCAUGGAAGGAUUGGAUAUGAUUUUCCGUAGUAUUUAUGGUAUCCAAUUAAAACUUGGAACACUCAAGCCGGGAGAAGCUUGGUGUCCAGACAUUUACAAAAUUGACGUCGUUCACGACACGGAGGGCCUUCUUGGACACAUCUAUUGCGACUUUUAUGAUCGACCACGAAAACCUCAUCAAGAUUGUCAUUUUACUAUUGUUGGUGGUAAAGAGCUAUCAGAUGGGACUUACCAAAAUCCAGUUGUCGUACUGAUGCUUACUUUGCCGUCUCCCUCAUGGGGAACACCGAGUUUGCUGACGCCAAACAUGGCUGACAAUUUAUUUCACGAAAUGGGACACGCCAUGCAUUCGAUGUUGGCAAGAACUCGUUAUCAACAUGUGACAGGAACACGCUGCGCAACCGAUCUUGCGGAAGUACCAUCCAUUCUGAUGGAAUUCUUUGCGUCCGAUCCGAGAGUGGUAUCUAAGUUUGCUCGUCAUUACAAAACCGGAGAACGGCUUCCCGCUGCUCGACUGGAAUCCCUGUGCGCUGCGAAGCAUACAUUUGCCGCUGCAGAAAUGCAGCAACAAGUAUUUUACUCCACCCUAGAUCAAAAACUUCACAUGCAUCCGCGUACGGAAAGCAAAAGUACAACUACCGAAGUCUUGGCUGAGACCCAGAACGAGUACUUUGGGUUGCCUUUCGUUCCCAAUACGGCAUGGCACCACCGGUUUAGUCAUAUCGUCGGCUAUGGGGCUAAAUACUACUCUUAUCUACUUUCUCGCGGUGUGGCUGCAUGGAUCUGGCAACGGUAUUUUCAAGACGAUCCGUUGAGUCGUACGGCUGGCGAAAGUUUCCGCCAUGGCUUUCUUGCUCACGGUGGUAGUAAGCCAGCACGUGACAUGGUCACCGCCUUCUUAGGGAAAGAAGUCAACCCGUCUACAUUGACGCAUUCGCUCAUCGUAGAGUUAGACUCCAAGCAGGAGACAUUAAUGUCUCACAUCUAUAAGAAGUAGAAAAAACAAUAUUGAUUCUUAUGAUUAGUUAGCCUAGUCAUGUUAUGUUGCAUUCAAAGACUGAUUUAACGCAGAUCACUUUAACAAAUAUGAAUGUGCUGACUUAAAAACAAAGAUGUACUUGAUUCCAUGAAA